GGAUUUGCUGCAGAUGGUGUCACAAUCGCUUUUAAUCGCAUUUACUAUCACGUAUAAAAACUUAAAUAUUAUUCGUAGGCAUCACGGUCAACGAUUGUUAAUAAAUAGUAUAGAUUCGUAAGAAAUCAACAAACGAUUCGACACUAAUGGCGAAGGUUUUUACAUUGUUCAAUUGUAAGGACUUUAAAACACGUAAUAGGGAAAGUUAUUGGCUAUCCAUGUAGCUGUUGUGUGUGACUGUAUAAAUGUUGAUAUUUGUCCGGAUAACAAUAAACAUGAUGGAUUAUGAAUUUAAAAUGAAAACUCAGAAAGAUCGGACGAAAGUCGAAGAUCUUUUCGAAUUCGAAGGAUGUAAAGUCGGACGAGGAACUUACGGGCACGUCUACAAAGCUCGUAGGAAGGAAGGUGUGCCAGAUAGCGAAUUAAAGUCUCGACCAGAUACAAAGGAUUUUGGUUUAAAACAAAUAGAAGGUACAGGGCUCUCAAUGUCCGCAUGCCGUGAAAUUGCUUUACUUAGGGAACUGAAACAUGUUAAUGUAAUUACCUUAAUUAGAGUUUUCUUGUCCCAUAAUGACCGUAAAGUCUGGUUGUUAUUUGAUUUUGCAGAGCAUGAUUUAUGGCAUAUAAUAAAAUUUCAUAGAGCAGCAAAAGCUAAUAAAAAACCUGUUAUGGUACCAAAGGGUAUGGUAAAAUCCUUGCUAUAUCAAAUUCUAGAUGGUAUUCAUUACUUACAUUCCAACUGGGUGCUUCAUAGGGAUUUGAAACCAGCAAAUAUUUUAGUAAUGGGAGAAGGUAAUGAAAGGGGGCGUGUGAAAAUUGCAGACAUGGGUUUUGCCAGACUGUUUAACGCUCCUCUGAAACCCUUAGCAGAUCUGGAUCCUGUUGUAGUAACAUUUUGGUAUAGAGCUCCGGAAUUACUCUUAGGGGCGAGACAUUAUACGAAAGCUAUAGACAUUUGGGCUAUCGGGUGUAUAUUCGCGGAACUAUUGACGUCGGAACCUAUAUUUCAUUGUAGGCAGGAAGAUAUUAAAACUAGCAACCCCUACCAUCAUGAUCAAUUGGAUAGGAUAUUCAACGUGAUGGGGUUUCCUCUAGAGAAAGAUUGGGAAGAUAUUAAAAAGAUGCCAGAACAUCCGACGUUAUUGAAGGAUUUUAAAAGAUCUAAUUACGCAAAUUGUUCUCUAACAAAGUACAUGGAUCGGCAUAAAAUUAAACCGGAUAGUAAGGCGUUUAAUCUGCUUCAAAAACUGUUAAUGAUGGACCCCAAUAAACGAAUCACGUCCGAACAUUCUAUGCAAGACGCCUACUUCCAGGAGGAACCAUUGCCAACGCAGGACAUAUUCGCCGGAUGUCCCAUUCCAUAUCCUAAGAGGGAAUUUUUAACGGACGACGACACAGAGGAAAAGACUGAGAAUAAAGCUCGACAGAAUCAACAACAAACGCAGCAGAAUCAACAACAACAAGGAAACGGUGACCAUAACCACGGACAGAACGCGAAACGGGUCAGGUUAAACGGUCCCCACGGAGCUCCGGAAUUUCAUCAACAUCAGAGCCACGCGAUGACCCACCAACAACCGCCAGGAAUGGUUUACUCCACUGCCCAGCCAACGCAACCGUCGAACUUUCAUCAGCGUUUUUAAACGAUCCCUUUAACGACAAAGCAAAACGAUUCGUCGAUUCGCUCGCUCGGAUGGUAGUUUGCUAAUUUAAUCGGCUACUGUAUUCAAAUAAUGAGAAAGUCAACGAUUCCUGUAUAUUCCAUUACAGUAUAAUAGUAAAAUUUUAUUUAUAUACACACAU